AUGGCAGGUGGAGUUUUAGUUACUUCAACAAAUGGAAGACAAUAUGAGGGGAAGGUUACGAUGUUUGUUUUGGUCACAUGUUUAGUGGCGGCUAUGGGGGGUUUACUUUUUGGUUAUGAUCUUGGUAUUACAGGAGGAGUGACUUCCAUGGAACCAUUCUUAGUUAAAUUCUUUCCCAGUGUUUACAAACAAAUGAAAGAUGAAUCUGGACACGAGAGUCAAUAUUGCAAAUUUGAUAACGAGCUCCUUACUUUGUUCACAUCUUCUUUGUAUCUUGCAGCUUUAAUAGCUUCUUUCUUUGCUUCCACAACUACAAGAAUGUUAGGACGCAAGGCCUCAAUGUUUACAGGUGGCUUGUUUUUCCUUAUUGGUGCAUUGCUUAAUGGUUUUGCUAUCAACAUUGAAAUGCUUAUCAUUGGUCGCCUAUUACUUGGUUUUGGUGUAGGAUAUUGUAAUCAGUCAGUUCCAGUGUAUUUGUCUGAAAUGGCUCCAGCAAAGAUUAGAGGUGCACUCAACAUGGGCUUCCAAAUGAUGAUAACUAUUGGAAUCCUAGGGGCAAACAUUAUCAACUACUUUACUUCUGAUCUUGAGAGUGGAUGGAGAAUUUCUUUGGGUAUCGGAGCUAUUCGUGGCAUUGAUAAUGUCGAUGAGGAGUUCCAAGAUCUAAUCGAUGCUAGCGAGGAAGCCAAGAAGGUGGAACAUCCAUGGAAGAAUAUUACAGAACUGAGAUAUAGACCUCAACUAACAUUUUGCUCUCUCAUUCCAUUCUUUCAACAACUCACAGGCAUCAAUGUUAUCAUGUUUUAUGCCCCUGUCCUUUUCAAGACUUUGGGCUUUGGAAACAAUGCUUCCCUCAUGUCCGCAAUAAUUACCGGAGGUGUCAAUGUUCUUGCUACUUUUGUUUCCAUCUUCACAGUGGAUAAGUUUGGAAGAAAAAUUUUGUUUCUUGAAGGUGGUGUCCAAAUGUUUAUUUGUCAGAUUAUUGUGGGAAGCAUGAUUGCUAUUAAUUUUGGAGUUAGCGGUGAAGGCUCAUUUACAUAUAUUGAAGCUAAUUUUCUUUUGUUCUUCAUAUGUUUGUAUGUUGCCGCAUUCGCAUGGUCUUGGGGUCCAUUGGGAUGGUUAGUUCCUAGUGAAAUAUGCUCUCUUGAGGUUCGCUCUGCAGGUCAAGCUACCAAUGUUGCUGUGAACAUGUUAUUCACCUUCGCCAUUGCUCAAAUUUUUCUUACUAUGCUUUGUCACUUGAAGUUUGGACUUUUCUUCUUCUUUGCUGGCUUUGUGCUUAUAAUGACAAUUUUCAUUGUCAUGUUUUUUCCCGAGACAAAUAAUGUCCCAAUUGAAGAAAUGAAUAAAGUGUGGAAGUCUCAUUGGUUUUGGACAAAAUUUGUUUCAAAUGUUGUCGUCGAUCAUGAUCAUAAGGCCGUUGCUUGA